CAAGCGUCUCCGCCGAGGCGCAUGAGCCGAACGUCCGCACUCACUCCUUCCGCCUGGGGGAUGGGGUGAACGAAUUACUCUGCUCUCUGAUGUAGAGCUCUGUAACAACUCACUGUUGUUUGAUUACACCUAAAUCAUGACCCCCAAAACACCCUCAGUGCGUGCCUUAUCGCGGUAUCUGCUCAGGCCUCAAGCAUCACUUCAUUCAAGAUGUCAUUCGAAGCCCCACAGCAGACAAUACUCCGCUGCUGCUGCCGGUGCGAGACUGAAUAUGCCGUUGGAGUACGAUUCGACACCUCUCCUGCACCACACGUCGAAGUCAGCACUGGCAAACCCAGAGCUGCCAGAGCACAUCCGGAAAGGCCAAACAAAGCGCAUCAACCUCUACACCGCCGUAAACGAAGCACUUCGCCAUGCGUUGCAGAUAGACGAAAGAGUGCUUGUAUUUGGUGAAGACAUCCAGUUUGGAGGAGUGUUCCGUUGCACAAUGAAUCUCGCUGCGGACUUUGGUACAGAUCGAGUCUUCAACACGCCGUUGAGCGAGCAGGGAUUAGUUGGAUUCGCCAUAGGAGCAGCAGCUGAGGGCAUGAGACCGGUUGCAGAAGUACAAUUCGCCGACUACGUCUUCCCGGCAUUCGACCAAAUCCACAACGAAGCAGCCAAGUACAGAUACAGGUCAGGAAGCACCGGGGUACAUUGUGGUGGACUGACGAUUCGUAUGCCAUGCGGUAGUGUAGGUCAUGGUGCACUAUACCACACCCAGUCCCCAGAAGCCCUCUUCACUCACACGCCCGGCCUUCGUGUCGUCGUCCCACGCUCUCCUGUUCAAGCGAAGGGUCUACUCCUCUCCUCCAUCCGCGCCGCCGACCCUGUGAUCUUCAUGGAGCCCAAAAUCCUCUACCGUGCCGCCGUCGAACAGGUCCCCGUCGAUGCAUACCACCUGCCUCUCGAUAAGGCUGAGGUCCUUAAGACCGGCAAAGACGUGACCAUCAUCUCCUACGGCACACCACUCUACACAUGUUCAGCCGCGAUAGCAGCUGCGGAGAAGGACUUUGGGUGCAGCGUAGAGCUGAUCGAUCUUCGCACGAUCUACCCAUGGGACCGAGAGACUGUACUUGAUAGCGUCAAGAAGACCGGAAGAGCGAUUGUGGUGCACGAGAGUAUGAUGAAUGCGGGUGUUGGCGCGGAAGUUGCUGCGACGAUUCAGGAGCAAGCAUUCUUGAGGUUAGAGGCACCGGUCAAGAGAGUUGCUGGAUGGGCGACACAUACUGGUCUGGUCUUCGAGAAGAUCAUCAUUCCGGACGUUACAAGAGUAUACGACGCGAUCAAGAAAACAAUAGAUUACUAGACAUAAAAAGGACCAAUAAAUCAAUAGAACAUC